UCCAGUAUCUCCCUAGUUACUUUACGGAAACGGAAACGAACAUUGUGAACUGUUUUUAGUUGGGACAAUAUUUUCAAUUCCACAUUUCUUCCUUUCAUGGAAAUUUGUUAGUUUACAAUUUAAUUGUUUUAGUUAAUUAAUAUACAAAAUGGUUGUUAAAAAGAUUAAAAUUGUUAGAAGGAAGAAGGUUCCACCACCACCUCCGCCGGUUGUCGUUCAACCCAAGAAAACUGUGGUUCCAGUUAUCAAAGAGAAGAAAAAGAACCCUUUAAUUCAAAAGAGACCUAAGAAUUUCGGUAUUGGUCAAGACAUUCAACCUAAACGUGAUCUUACAAGAUUUGUUCGAUGGCCAAGGUAUAUCUUGCUCCAACGUAAACGUGCUAUUCUUAACCAGAGAAUUAAGGUUCCACCUUCAGUCAACCAAUUCAGAGCAUGUAAUCUGGAUAAACAAACAGCUAUUCAGUUGUUCCGUUUGUUGGAAAAGUAUCGACCUGAAGACAAGCGAGCUAAGAAACUUAGGUUGAGAGCUAUCGCUAAAGAAAAGGCUGCUGGCAAGAAAGUCACUCCACAAAAAAGACCUCCAACCGUUCGAUUUGGUUGCAACAAGGUUACAUCUUUAGUUGAGCAAAAGAAAGCUGCUCUGGUUAUUAUUGCUGCUGACGUUGACCCCAUCGAAAUUGUUUUACAUCUUCCUACCCUCUGCAGAAAGAUGGGUAUUCCUUAUUGCAUCGUUAAAGGUGGACGAUCACGAUUGGGCUACAUUGUCCGACGUAAGAGCAUUGCUUGUUGUGCUCUUGUAAAUGUCAAUCCCGAGGAUAAGAACAACUUGGCCAAACUCUGUGAAACCAUUAAGACUAACUUUAACGAUAGAUACGAAGAAAUGAGAAAACAAUGGGGUGGUGGUGUUCUCAGUUUUAGGUCUCGAGCUAAACAAGCCAAGCUUGAGAAAGCAAAGGCUAAAGAACUUCAACAACAACAAUCUGGUGGUAUCACAAUUCAAUGAAGAUUUCAUUUUUUGUAAAAGUAUAAUCUUCUGAAGUAAAUAAUUUAACUAAGUA